AAAAAAUCCAAACCCAUUGAUAAACCACCAUUUCGUACCGCUUCGAUCAUCGGUCGGAACUGAGGAGGAAACACAGUUCAACUUCUCUCUCUCUCGUCCCUGUAAUCUAUCAAGGAGACAGCUUCGAUGAAGAAAGAGAGCCGCGGCAAAAGCAUACCUACAAAGCACUCGGCCGGGAAGAUUUUCGGGGCCAAUUCGCUUCAAUUACCGGAAGACGAGGAUGUGUCCUCCCGCUUGGUCGGAAGCAUAGUCGAGAAAGGUAUAUCCGACAACCCACAGAACAAGCCUCUUGCUCCGACCUCGGCUCCUCGCCUCACCGUCCUUCCUUUUCCGGUGGCUCGCCAUCGCUCUCACGGCCCUCAUUGGACCCCUGUUGGUGGACAAACUAGAUGCGGGAGUGAUGAUGAUGAGAACAACACCAAAGAUGAUGAUUUAGCAGGCUUUGAGCCAGCUGCAGCUUUUGCCAACCCAGUUCAAAGAAAAGAGAAGAAAGGUCUGAAUUUUAGUAGGUGGAGAGAGAUUGUUGCAAGAGAUGAUUCGUCUAUUUCUCAAAAAAAGGAUGAAGAUAAUCAUUUAGUUAUGCGAUCUAAAGAGCAGAAAAUGGCUACUAAAGUAUCGGAAAUUUCAGAUAGAAUGAGCACUGAUGAUGAUGCACAGCCACAGAAGAUGUCACUUAACAUUAAUGGAAAUGCAGAUGACAUGAUUGUGGAUGAGGUGAGUCCUGCAGCAUUCAGCGAACUGUCACAAAAUGUGAUUGAAGGAAAAAGGGACGAGAUUAUGGAGGAGAUGGAGCCUGAACCUUUAAAAAUAUCAAAGAGUAGGCAAAGACAAGUGGUCACACAGAGGCAAACGAUGUCAACUUUGCAUAUCAGUUCCAGUUAUACUUCCAACAACAUGAGAAACGAACAAGAGUCCUCAAGUCUUGAGAGUCAAAUUGAUGCUGAGAAUCGUGCCUGGUUACAGGGGAUGUCAAAUGAUGAGAUUGCGGAAGCACGGGCUGAGAUACUGGAGAAGAUGAAUCCUGCAGUAAUAGAGGCUUUAAGAAAACGUGGGCAGGAUAAAUUAAAAAAAUCAGAAAUUGCUGCCAAAGUAGAUGUUAAUUUGCAGGAUGAGAAAAAGAUCAGAGAUGCAAUAGAUUUUUCAGUUCAGGAUGUAGAUGUCUCCCAUAAGGCGAGGACUGUAUCUUCAACAGGUACAAAGAGAGGGCAGCUUCAUAAAGCUAUGCAGAAUUUUAGCCCCAGCAGUAGCACUUUGUGGAAUACUUGGAGUGAAAGAGUUGAGGCUGUCAGGGAAUUGAGGUUUUCAUUGGAUGGAAAUAUUGUCCAUAAUGAUUUUGUGGGUGUGCCAGAGAUCGGAAAUGUAUCUACUCAAAGUGGGUACACUGCUAACAAUGUUUCUGAACGUGACUUCCUUCGAACGGAGGGAGACCCUGCUGCUGCAGGUUACACUAUUAAAGAAGCAGUAGCUCUUACAAGGAGUGUGGUUCCUGGUCAGCGGGCUCUUGCAUUGCAUUUGAUUGGUUCUGUGCUCGAUAAGGCAUUACAUGACAUUUGUCAGAAUCAAGUUGGAUGCGACAGGGAAAAGGCAAAAAUCAAGAGGUCUACUGACUGCAGUGCUAUCUGGGCAUAUGCACUUGGCCCUGAACCUGAGAUUGCUUUAUCAUUGAGGAUGUGCCUUGACGAUAACCACAAUUCAGUAGUUUUGGCCUGUGCAAAAGUUAUUGAAUGCAUAGUGAGCUAUGAUGUGAAUGAGAGCUUCUUUGACAUCUCAGAGAAAAUAGCAACUUACCCGAAAGACGUGUAUACCGCUCCGGUAUUCAGAAGCAGACCGGAGAUCGAUGUUGGUUUCCUUCAAGGUGGCUUUUGGAAGUACAAUGCUAAACCUUCCGGUGUUUUGCCUUUUGCUGAGGAUCUUGUUGAUAACAAGACUGAAGGUGAACACACUAUUCAGGAUGAUGUGGUUGUAGCGGGACAAGAUUUUGUAGCAGGUUUGGUUAGGAUGGGUAUUAUUCCAAGGCUUCGCUAUCUCUUGGAGAAAGACCCUUCAGCAGCUUUGGAAGAGUGCAUAAUUUCUAUACUUGUCGCAAUAGCAAGGCAUUCCCCUACUUGUGCAAAUGCAAUCAUGAUGUGUCAAAGGCUUGUUCAAACAGUUGUUAACAGAUUUACAAUGAAAGAUCCAAUGGAUGUUAGCCCUUCUAAGAUAAAAUCUGUUACCCUUUUGAAGGUGUUGGCUCAAUCUGACAAGAAGAAUUGUACUGAUUUUGUGAAAAAUGGAAUAUUCCGAAGAGCAACAUGGCAUUUAUACCAUCAUGCAUUCUCGCUUGACCAGUGGGUAAAAUUGGGAAGGGAGAACUGUAAACUCUCUUCUGCUUUGAUGGUUGAACAGUUACGCUUUUGGAAAGUCUGUAUUCAGUAUGGUUACUGUGUAUCUGACUUCUCAGAUUUCUUCCCUGCUCUCUGCAUGUGGUUGAACUUGCCAACAUUUGAAAAACUCAUUGGAAAUCAUGUUCUGUGUGAAUUUUCUGCAAUUACUGAGGAGGUCUUUCUUGUUUUGGGGGCUCUGACGAGAGCACUUCCUAAUUUUUACUCGGAUAUGGACAUGAACAAUCAAAUGUCCAAGGUUGCUGCAGAAGACAUAGAGACUUGGUGCUGGGUGCAAGUUGCUCCAAUUGUUGAUUUAGCCAUAAAGUGGAUAGCAUUGAGGAGUGACCCAUGCAUGUCUAAAUUAUUUGAGGAGAAAGAAAGAAAUAAUUGUAGGAACCUUGUUGGGUGUAUAUGGGUGGUGUCUGCUGUCCUACACAUGCUUUCUUGUGUGCUAGAUAGAGUGAUCCCAGAGGAUACAACUAGUCUGCCUGUGGGUCAUGUCCCUUGGCUGCCACAGUUUGUCCCUAAGAUUGGCCUUGAAAUUGUUAAGAAUGGUUUUUUGAGCUUUUCAAGGGCAAAUGCUAUGGAACAUGGAAAUGAUCCUACACAAGCUGUCUCUUUUGUUGAGUAUCUGUAUGAUUUGAGAGAGCAAGGUGAACAUGAAACAUCAAUAGCUUCUGUUUUUUGUCUUUGUGGAUUAGUGAAGGUGGUUGUUUCUGUUGAUAAGUUGAUCCACCUGGCUAGUUCCGAGAUUCAUAUUCCAUCCUACCAAGGCAAGAUUUCAUCAGGAGAAAGCCUGAUACUUGCAGAGGGGAUGGUUAAUAUGUCUGUUCUUGAGUUUAGAAGUGUAUUGACUGUUUUCAUGAAGUUAAUUGCUUCUGAGUGGCAAUUGGUCCAGUCAAUUGAGAGAUUUGGCAGAGGUGGCCCUGCUCCUGGUGUUGGAGUGGGUUGGGGAGCUGUUGGUGGAGGGUUUUGGUCUAAAAAUGUUUUGCUGGCACAAACUGAUGCCGAAUUUCUUAUUGCCUUGCUUGAAAUCUUCCAAAUUGUGUCUGCUGAAGAUCUGCUUACAGGUGAAGAGAUGACCUUUACCAUGCAAAAGAUAAACUCUGUCUUUUGUGCAUGUUUAAUUUUAGGACCAAGAGAUGGACUUAUAAUGGAAAAGGCAUGGGAUACCUUACUGCAAGUCCCUGUUCUGAAGUAUCUUGAUCUCUGUAUUCGCCAUUUCAUUAGCCUUAACAAGGGUUUCAAACCAUUUACGUGGGAGUAUAAAGAAGAUGAGUACCGGCUUUUUGCCAAGAUUUUGUCAUCUCAUUUACGAAACAGAUGGUUGACUGUGAAGAAGAAGGUGAAACCAGUGGAUGGAAGCAACUCUGUUGGGCAGAAAAUAUCUGAAGGUAGACUUUUGGAUACCAUUCAUGAGGAUUUGGAUGUGUCAAAUGUGGCUAUUCAAGAUCACUACUGCACCUCUUUGGUGGCAGAAUGGGCUCACCAGAGGCUGCCUCUUCCCAUGCAUUGGUUUCUCAGUCCAAUCUCAACUAUCAAUGGCAGCAAAUAUGCUAAUGUUCCAGGUGUUUCUGACAUAAUAAAUCAAGGGCAUGAUGUAUCCGAUCUUCUUGAGGUUGUUAAAGGUGGAGUUUUCUUUCUUCUAGGUAUUGAAGUAAUGACUUCAUUUGUUUCGACUAAGAUCCAGUCCCCUAUUUGGAGUGUUCCAUUGACAUGGAAAUUACAUUCUUUAUCUGUAAGCCUACUUGUUGGUAUGGACGUGCUUGAAGAGGAGAAGAGUAGGGAUGUGUAUGAGACUUUGCAAGAGGUUUACGGAAAGUUUCUUGAUGAAUUAUGGUUAAGUGAAAGGAAAGAAUUCAUUUUGGAUGACCAUGCGAAAUUCUCAGCAGAAACUGGAGAAAAUUACAGCAUUGAUUUUCUGAGAUUUCAAUCAGAUAUACAUGAGAGCUACUCUACUUUUAUAGAAGCUCUUGUGGAGCAGUUUGCUGGCGUAUCAUAUGGUGAUGUGGUUUUUGGCAGACAAGUUGCAAUUUAUCUACACCGUUCUGUUGAAACAUCUGUGCGUCUUGCGGCUUGGAAUACAUUAUCUAAUGCCCGUGUUCUUGAACUUUUGCCAUCUUUAGCAAAUUGUUUUGCGAACUCUGAAGGGUACCUUGAACCUGUUGAGGACAAUGAAAGGAUGCUGGAGGCUUACGUGAAGUCAUGGGUUUCUGGUGCCCUCGACAAAUCUGUGGCUCGAAGAUCAAUGACUUUUACACUGGUUUUGCACCAUCUCACACAUUUCAUUUUUCACCAUUCCCCUGGUGAAAGUUUAUCCUCGCGUAAUAAGCUUGCCAAGUCUCUCCUACGAGACUGCUCCCAUAAACGGCAACGUGAGGCCAUGAUGUUAGAGCUUAUUCGAUACCAGAAACCUGGAGUAAUUGAUGAUUCAUCGUUGCAGAUGUCCGAAGUUGACAGAAGAUUCAAGUUAUUAGGAGAUGUUUGCGAGGGAAAUUCCUCACUUUUGAGCGUCGUAGAGAAACUGAGAUUGUCAUUCCAGAAAAGAACAUGAAGCCUUUAAGCUGAACACUUGUAUAUGACACCGGUUUUUGUCGUGGUAUUAUAUAAGCUUGAAUACAUAACUUAAUCAAAGGUUUUCGAAUGGGAAAAAGUAAUGUUUAUUUGA